CAGAUUUAUUUGUAAAUAUAAACAAUUAGAAUUUAACUACAAAAUGUUUAUGUUUUAUUAAAUGAAUGGCCAAAAACUUCGGUUUGAAUGCACAAAAAAACCCAGAACUGAAAGAAAAUUGGACUUAGACUCUUAAGAUCACUGAGAAGACACAUUUGAAACCCUCAAAAUACUCUAAUAAGGAUCAUUAACAACCACAUCAUCAGUAAAUCACUGAUAUCACAUAAAAAAAACUUCACAAAACUUUGGCUAAGAAAAACUUCAGAAAAAGAUGAGAGUGCCAUAAUAGAGAUGCCAGAACAAUCUCAAACAGUUACCACAUUGCAGAAUUCAGAUUCUACCAAUGAAGCUAAAACUCAUUCAAAAGAUCACAGUACCAUAAUAGAGAAGGCAGAACAUUCUCAAACAGUUACCACAUUGCAAAAUUCAGAUUGUAGUGAUGAAGCUGAAACUGGCCCAAAAGAUGACAGUACCAUAAUAGAGAAGCCAGAACAUUCUCAAACAGUUACUACAUUUACAAAUUUCCAAGAAUUCUUAAAUGUCUUUCAAAAAAUCCAACCACUUUUAAAUGACUGGCACUCAGUCAUAGAACCAUGUAAAGUGACUCUGUUAAAGUUGCUGUACACUCCUGGACCAGUAGUAUCAUUUGCUAUUACAAUAAGCUAUUCACUUACAGUGCAAACAUAUCAUUAUGGGCAAGAAGUUCAUUAUUUUAAUACCCCUUUUGUGGCAAAUGAUAUUAAAGACAUUACUUUAUUAAUGGCUGAAAUUGCAUUAAGUAAAGCUCAAAAGGUAGGCCUGAAUUAUAUUUUGACACUUUUGGAACCUUAUGGCUUCUCCUUCAUUCAUGAGCAGUUAAAACUUCAUGCCAGUAUUAAGGAUGGAUGCAGGUACUCCUAUAAUAUGCUUAUAGCAUCUACAAUGAUGUUUUGCUCAAGUGCUUCAACUUAUAGCUUAAUUAGACAGUUCGGUUUACUUCUUCCACAUCCUGUGACACUCGACUCGAUUUACUGUAGUGAUGAUUAUUUAACAAUGAAUACAAAAUUUAACCUGCCAUAUGCAAGAAAUAUAUUUGAAACUCUUGAGCAAGAAAAUAAAAGUGUCAUCCUACAUUUGGAUCAGCUGUCAUUGCUUGAUAAGAAGAAAAUGAUGUUUGUUUUUUCAAUUUCUUGGCCCACAAAAAUACUUAGGGAAGUAGUGUAUAUUGUUACCCCUAACAACAAGGAUUUGGAGUCGAAAAAACUAUAUUGUUUAGUGUCGAGCAUCAUUCUUAAUUUAGAAAGUAUUGGUUAUAAAGUUUUUUGCAUUGUGACAGGUUUUAGCAGAAUUGUUUUACAGGCCAUGACAAAAUUUGCUUUAGAUGAAAAACUGGGAAACUCUUAUCCACAUCCAGCAGACCAACAAAGGCAACUAUUUCAUAUUUUUGAUCCUGUUUUGUUGUUAAAAACCUUCUUGGUGCAAUGGAUUUCUCUCUCUGGCCUAGAAUAUCCAAAUUUUGAAAGUCAUAGAGAAAGAUAUUCAACUGUGCAAUCCAUAAUUCUUUUACAAGACUUUCAUGAUAAGAAGCUGCUUGAUUUGGGCUUGAAAAGUAAUAUUUUAGCCAUUUUGAAAAGUUUUAUUGAUAGGCCUAGCAUGGCCGGUUUCUCAAAGAUCUUUAACAAUAAAAUGAGAGACCAAUUAAUGAAAUUAUCAGCUAAGAGUAGAGAUUUUAAACAUACCGCUGAAUUCGUUCAUUUAUUUACAAGGCUAUGGGAGAUCAUAAGGGUAACAAACCCUCCAGAAACAAACCUUUGUCCCCUAGAUGGCUUUGGUUAUCCAUUAAUGGCCAGUACAGAUUUUGAUACUAAUGAAAAAAUUAGAUUUUUAAAAGCACUGGUCCUGUGGUGUAAUGCAUUCAAAGAAUGGGAGUUUACAAACUUAAAUAUGAAGCAGAUUGUGGAGCUUUUGGGACAUACCAUACAAGGCUUACUUGAUUUGACAAAGUUUUGUUUAGAAACUUUGAUGACUGAUUACAUUCUUUUGGGUAGUUUUCAUAGUGCUUUAGAUGACCAGUUUGCCAAGUAUCAUAUUAAUUUACCUUAGAGGUAGAAAGUUAGACUUAUUUCUGUAAGCUUUGGCAGAACUAGCUGAUGGUGAACAUGCCUUAAAAAGGUUUCAUGUGAUGUGAUUAAAAAGGUUUUUUGUAACAUUGUAUUUGUUCCAGAUAUUCCCUAUUUCUGCAUAAUUCGUUUUUUGAACUUUCAUUUUUUGUAAAUAAAACUUAUUUUUGAUAA